AUGGAGAUGAAUAAUAUACUUUCACUACAAACCUUGGCAGUUACAACAUGCCCCACGCUGCUGUUUCUCUUCCUUCUCUUUUGGCUACGUAGAAGCCAUGUUAAUACUGCUGUAGCUUCCAAGACACCACCACCACCAGAAGCCGGCGGAGCUUGGCCUUUAAUCGGACACCUCCACCUUUUAGGCGGCUCUCAGCCACCACACGUUAGUUUAGGAAAAUUAGCCGACAAAUACGGACCCAUCUUCACCUUACGUUUAGGUGUUCAUCGAACUCUAGUAGUAAGCAGUUAUGAAAUGGCAAAACAGUGUUUCACAGUAAACGACAAAGCUUUUGCUUCACGUCCCAAAUCUCUAGCCUUUGAAGUCAUGGGGUAUAACUUCUCGAUGAUAGGUUUCAGUCCCUAUGGUUCUUACUGGCGUACAAUGCGUAAAAUCGCAACCGUCCAUGUCCUCUCCGCGCAACGAAUAGAUAUGCUGAAACAUGUAAUGGAAUCAGAGGUGAAGAUAGCAAUGAAAGAGAGUUACUCGUAUUGGAUAAAGAUGAAGAAGAAGGAUAGUUCUGUAAGGGUAAUUACGGAAAUGAAGAAAUGGUUUGGGGACAUAGCGAUAAAUGUUCUGUUUAGAAUGGUAGUGGGAAAACGUUUUGAUGUUGACGAGGAAGAGAAUCGACGGAUAAGAAAAACUCUGAGGGAUUUCUUCGAUCUGAGCGGUUCGUUUGUUGUGUCUGAUGCGAUGCCGUAUUUGAGAUGGUUGGAUUUGGAUGGAAAAGAGAAGGAAAUGAAGAAAACUGCGAAAGAAUUGGAUGAGUUUGUUCGUGUUUGUCUCGACCAACACAAACGCGAUCGGAAACCUGCCGGCGGCGAACAUGACUUCAUGGAUGUUCUUCUUUCCACCGUUGAUGAUCAAGAUUUGGACGGUCGUGAUUCCGAUACUACAAUCAAAGCUACUUGUCUGGUACGUCACAUGCUAUCAUUGACUCCGUAA